AUGCUGAGGCAUGUCAUAGAGAGGAGCUCCGAGGGUCAAUCAGCAAACUGGAUUCAUAAAGCUCGGGAUCGGGAACGAGGGAUGGAUUCCAACGCUUCCCGUGUCACCAAGUUCUCCAAGACUAUCGUCCCCAUGAUGGACCGUGUCCUCGUCCAGCGUAUCAAGCCCCAGCAGAAAACUGCCUCGGGUAUCUUCAUUCCCGAGAAGGCCCAGGAGGCCUUGAACGAGGGACACGUCAUUGCCGUCGGCAAGGGCUUGGUUACCCAGGAGGGAAAGGUCAUCUCCUCGGAGCUCAAGGAGGGCGACAAGGUUCUUUUGCCCCCCUAUGGUGGUAGCAUCGUCAAGGUCGAUAACGAGGAGCUCAUUCUCUUCCGUGAAUCCGAGAUUCUUGCCAAGAUCCAAUAG